CGAACAACAGUUGACUUUGAUCUUAUCUAUAGCUCGGAAGUCAGAUCAAAGGGACGAUGUACUGCUCUUGAAGAUAGCCAACUGGAUCAAGCAAGCGGAGUACAUCUCCCGCCUGCGGACGUCGCUCAAAGUCUCAAGAAUGAGAUUGAAUACUGGGCAGAAUGCAAAGUCAUGA